GGCGAGCCAGGACCACCAGGGGAACCUGGACGAGAAGGGUCCUUCGGACUGAAUGGAGAUCCGGGUGAUGCGGGACCUCCAGGACCAAAAGGCUACAAGGGAGAUGAAGGACCUCCUGGACCGGAGGGGGCUAAAGGACCAAAAGGAACGAAAGGGGCGCCUGGAGAUCCUGGUUUGAUGGGCGAGAGGGGGGAAGACGGGGCUCCAGGAAAUGGAACUGAAGGAUUCCCCGGCUUCCAAGGUUACCCAGGGGCAAGAGGCGAUCCAGGCACUAAUGGCACCAAAGGAUACCCAGGACCAAAGGGAGAUGAUGGGGAGCCUGGGGACCCCGGUGCAGAUAAUGAGGUUUCUGGGCCUCCCGGACCAAAGGGUGCCAAGGGACACCGAGGGAAGGAAGGACCUGGCGGACCAGUUGGACCUCCAGGCCCGCCAGGCGCUGAUGAGUGUGAAAUCCUGGAUAUAAUCAUGCGGAUGUGCUCGUGCUGUGAAUGUAAGUGUGGCCCCCUGGACCUCAUGUUUGUCCUGGACAGUUCAGAGAGUAUCGGCAUGCAGAACUUCCAGCUGUCCAAAGACUUCAUAAUCAAAGUGAUUGACCGACUAGGCAGAGACGAGCGAGUCAAGUUUGAUGAAAAUGAGUCCCGCGUCGGAGUGGUUCAGUACAGCCACAAGCAGACAGAGGAACUUGUUGCCAUGGGCAGCGCAGACAUCAAGUCCAUCCAAGAUUUGAAAGAGGCUGUGAAGAAUCUGAAGUGGAUUGCUGGGGGAACCUUCACUGGGUCAGCACUGAGCUUCUCCAGGACCAAUCUUCUGGAUCGGUUCAGGCUGGAGAAUCGAUUUGCCCUGGUUCUGACAGACGGACGCUCAGACACAUUGCGGGACUCCACCCCCUUGAAUGAGUUGUGUGCGGUCAACACCCAGGUGGUUGCCGUUGGCGUCGGGGACAUUUUCAAGAAGCAACCCAACACGGAGCAGCUUGGACAGAUCGCCUGCUCGCGUGGGAUCAUCCUACAGAGGGACAACUACGCAGAGCUGCUGGAUGACUCCUUCCUGCAGAACUUAACCGCACACCUCUGCAAAGAAAAGAAGUGCCCAGACUACACGUGUCCAAUCUCCUUCACGUCUUCAGCUGACAUCACCAUCCUGAUGGACAGCUCCACCAGCGUUGGGCACCGCAACUUCGAAACCAAGAAGCAGUUUGUAAAGCGGCUAGCGGAGCGCUUCCUCAUGGCAAAGAAGCCCUCCCAGGCGACGGUGCGUGUGUCAGUGGUGCAGUACAGUGGCAGCCAGCAGCAGAGUGUGGAGGUGCCCUUCUCUCGGAACUACACCGAGCUGGCCUCUGGGAUCGAGCAGAUCCAGUUCCUCAACAGUGGCACGGAUGUGACGGCAGCGCUGGACUACGUGACCUCGCAGUACCGGGGUGCUCGGGCCAACACCAAUAAGAAGGUCCUGAUCUUCUCUGAUGGGCGCUCUCAGGGUAUCUCCGAGGAGGUGAUCCAGAAGACCGUGGCAGAGGCUAGGGCAGCAGGCAUCGAGAUCUACGCGCUGGCUGUGGGCAGUCAGGUGAAUGAGGCCAACCUGCGUCUCCUGGUCUCAGAUAGGAAGGGCGCCUACAACGUGGCCUACGGGGCACGCCACCUGUUCAGAGUGUCCGACUACCCCUCUCUGUUGAGAGGGGUCUUCUAUCAAACAGUAUCCAGAAAAAUCUCUCUGAUCAGCUGAGAUGGGGAUCCAUUGCUGGCGGGGGGAGGUAGGUAGAGAGGCCACAGGAUUUUUAACAGAUAUGCAUUUUAACCUGUAUUUGGUGUAGAUGGAGUAAUUAGAACCUGUAGGUUUUUUAUUUUAUUUUAUUCUCUAAAUAAUGUUCAUAUUACUGCAGGCUUAAAGCAAAUGGUUUGUAUGAAUUACCAUGGCGAAUUGUCAUCUAGGGACUCGAUGCAUCCUUUCAGAAACUGAAAGUAGUUGUAUUAGUAAACCCAUUCAGAUACAGUCGCCAUCUGUGCUGGUGAAAGUGGGUGCCUCCUGUAAACUCAUAAUGAUUGCAGAGCAGCUAAUACCUUUUCUGCUUCUUGUGACUUUUGGCAAGGGACAAGAACCAAGAUCAGAUGUGCUGUCAAUGUUCUGUGCAGCAAUGAUGUACAGCAUUACCAUGGCAGGGAAGGCGCUGUAAUUGAUACAAUUCAGGCCUCAGUAUAUAAACUCUGUAUCCCUAUCUCCAAUACACACACUUCCUGCCUGCCCAAGACAUGGAGACAUGUACACUUUUGCAUAUUCAAAAAACAUAUAUUCACGUAGCUUAGUACACAGUAUAAAGAGACAUUUUGUCUACCAAGCCUUUACAUCUGUAAUGCUCCAUAGACAAAAUAACCACUGCUUUACAUUGUUUUUUUUCUUUUUCUCCUAGUUUUUUUUUUUUUUUUUUUUUUAUGGUCUAUUUUGAAUUAAGUGUUUUGUUAAAAGAAGUCAAAGUCCAAUUCCACAUCUGUACUUGUUCGGUCACACAGCCCCCUUGCUGAGAUUCACAGUCUUUUAAAUGCAAAUGUGAAAACAAGAAGAGAAAAAUUUGGGAUGGAGUGAAUUUUCAAAGUAAAAUUAAAUAAACGACACUGGUGGACAAAUGCGCCUUUUCCAUGUCAGACUAAAAAUCAUUCAAUCUAGAUAAGAGAACUACAUUCUAAAAUGGUUUAUUAAAUAUCAAACUGUGUUUAAUCCACCUGUAGAGCACUAGAGAAUCUUACAUCACUAGGGAAAUCGCCCUGGAUUACAUCAACAACCUACUGCAUUUUAGGGGUAAUCCUGGGUAACCAUGGAUAGGUGAUUGAUGCAGUCCAGUGCUGUAAAAUGUUCUAUUGCUGUAGCUUAUCCCCUGGGUAUAGGUUGAUCAAAUCGACCAGUAAGAUAACAAAUAACUGGCUGAAGUUUCAAUGUAGGAAGAUUGAUACUGUUAACAAGGGUAACAAGUAUAGAAGACCCUUUAAGUGCUGUGUCUUUAUAAUAAUACAUGAUUUACAAUACAAUGUAUUUUUAGUCUGUUUAUUCAUUAAAUAUAAGUUUGCAUGCAUGAAACAGUUCUGGAUUAUUGUCAAAGAAACGAGCAACAGUCCAUGCUUUCUGAAGUGUUGCCUGUAUGUUUCUGUAACUGGUCUUGUGCGAAGACACUUACCACUUACCAAGACUUUACUGUUUAACUACAGGUUCAGUUACACUGAAAAAAAAAGAAUACCCUUGAAGCUUGUCGGACAUAUCAAGUGUAAAUACUUCCUUGGUGCUAUUAGCAAAUUGACUUGUGUUUUAUUAUUUUAUUAGCUUUUAAUAAUUAAGAGUUUUAAAAAAAGAAUUAAAAAAUAUGCAUUCCAUCUGCCUUGUAACCAUUGCCAUUUGCAUCUCCUUUCUCAUUUUGUAAAGAUGAAAGUCCACAAACCAAUUAAAUAAAAGUAAUUUCACUAAA